AUGAUUCCGAGAUGGGAUAUAAGACUAGCGCUAGGUCUAGGGCUUUUCAUAAGAUUGACAAUGAUUUUAUAUGGAGAAUGGCAGGAUAGGACUUCAAUUGUGAAGUAUACAGACGUGGAUUAUAUUGUAUUUACCGAUGCCGCCGAAUACAUGACCCAGGGUUCUUCACCAUACAACAGGUCUACAUAUCGCUACACUCCCAUCUUGGCAUGGAUGCUUCAGCCCAACAUAACUAUCUCACCAUUAUUUGGAAAGCUGUUGUUUGUAAUGUUUGAUGUCCUGUGUGGCUAUUUAAUCUAUGCCCUGUUGAUGUCAGAAAACACAGGUCACAGUCGCUCCCUUUUCUGUGCUUCCAUCUGGCUCUUCAAUCCAAUAUCUAUCGCUGUGUCCAGCAGAGGAAAUGCAGAAUCCAUUAUGUCAUUUAUUGUGUUGUUAACAUUAAAACUAUUCCAGCAAAAUGAAAUAGUUCUAGGGGCUGCCAGUUAUGCACUCUCCGUCCAUGUUAAAAUAUAUCCACUGACUUACUGUUUAGCAUUGUAUUUAUACUACAGCAGAGAGAGCCAGGAUUCUCAACAGAGUUCAGUAAUGUUCAGGUUACAGAAGAUGUUGUGGCCUACAAAGGAGAACAUUGUCUUAGUUUUGAUAUCCACAGUUACCUUUCUUCUGUUGACAGGACUGUGCUAUCAAAAAUAUGGCUGGGAUUUUCUUCAUGAAACAUAUCUCUACCACAUCACACGUCGAGACCUCCGACACAAUUUUUCUGUGUAUUUCUACAUGCUUUACCUGACAUCCGAUUCCCCGUACUCCAGAGCCGUAGGACUGGCAGCAUUCCUUCCUCAGCUUAUUCUGUUUGCUUUGUGCUCAUUCAAAUUUUACAGGGAUCCACCUAUGAGUUUCUUUCUAAAUACAUUCAUUUUUGUGACAUUCAACAAAGUUUGUACCUCUCAGUACUUUUUAUGGUACCUAUGUCUGCUGCCCCUGGUUUUGCCCAGUUUGACCAUGUCCAUAAGGAAAGGAAUUUCACUGAUUGUACUCUGGCUUCUCGGACAGGGCAUGUGGUUGUUGCCAGCCUACUUAUUGGAGUUUGAGGGAAUGAACACAUUUCUUUUUGUUUGGUUUGCGGGUAUCUUGUUCUUUCUCAUAAACAUAUUAGUGAUAGCAGCCAUAAUUGACAGUUAUAAGUAUACACCAUGGGGACAAGAUGUCAAAAAACUAGAUUAAAUGUUACAGCAUCUAAAUAGACUUUGAACAAAUAGAAUUUGCCACUUGGUGGUUCAGCUUACUGUAUACAGGGUUAUUUUUGCCCUUCAAACAAUUUUGCUCCAUUUCAAAGUCAUGGUUCUGUUUAAGAAAUUAUACUGUUUUCUUUGAAUUCACUCCAUCUUAAAUUCGCCCAUUUGUGUAGGGCGAAAGGGCAAGAAUAAAACGGACGCAAAAAUUUCCCCUUAUACAGUAUAUCAAUAACAGUCCAACUGUUUCAUCAUGUGUGAUGCUCAGUAUGUUGGUGAUAUUCAAAUCAUUUUUCACUGUAAUACUUAUCCACUGACUAAAUUAUUUUUUCAUUACUAAAAAUAAAUCUAAAAUGUU